AUGUCCGGUGGCGGAUUCGGCGGAGGGUUCGGCAGUGGGGGAGGCGGCGGAGGGGACAUGGCGGAAGCGGUUGAACUGCGGAAGGAGUUGGCGGAGCAGUCGGAGGAAAUGGACCGACUUUUAGCUAAGAACGAGGAGCUGGAGGAGCAGCUCCGCGAAUCGCGGCGAGAGGCUGCAGAAGCAAGCAGCCGCGCCACCGCCGCCGCAUCUCGCGCUGAGUCCCUCCAAGCGAAGCUCGACGCGGACGCCGCAGCUCACUCCGCGUCUCACGCCGCAUCCGACGGGGCAUCCGACGGCGCUUCUGGCGGCGCGUCUGGCGCGGAGUCCCUCCAGAGGAAACUGGACGAGGCUAACGCGGCGCGGGCGGAGCUGGAGGAGCGAUUAAUCUCCAUUACCUCUGAGAAAGAGGAGCUGGAGAGGCGAUUAAUCUCCACGAGCGCGAAGCGCGAGACUCUGGAGGGAAAAGUGGAGGAUUUGGAGGGGAGGGGGAAGUACUUAGAAGGGAAAGCGGCUGCCGCGGAGAGAGUAGCGGAUGAAUUGGCACGCCAGGUGGAAAGGCUAGAAGGAGGGGGAGGCGGUGGUGGGGGCGGUGAUAAUAACGAGGGUAGUGACUUAAACGAAGGGCGAGGCAGCGGGGAGAAGGCGAGGGGCGAGGCGGAGGAGGGUGAUGUGACUAAAGCGAGGGAAGAGAAGGAGGAGCUAGAGGCGAAGUUGGCGGAUGCGAUUAAAGAGAAAGAGGAGAUGGAGGAGCGUAUGUUAGCAGCAGAGGCGGAGCGAGACGAUUUAAUUAUCGAGCACGAGGAGUUAGUAGCUACUAUGGAGGAGGCGGGCGGGCGAAUGCAGGCUUUAAUUCGCGAGAAAAAGGAGCUGGAGGCACGGUUGGGAGCGGUGCAGGGCGGCUGGGAGAGCAAGAGCCAGGGGCGGCGGCCGUGGGAGGUGGAGGAGGAGGAUGGGGAGGAGACAGGGGGGAUGGGGAUAGGAGGGAUGGGAGUGGGAGGAGGGAAUGAUACCAGGUAUCUGGAGGAGAGGGUUUUAGAGCUUGAAGCGACUCUGGCAGAAGCGAAGCGAGGGAGGGAGGAGAUGGGGAGGCGGUUGGCUGCUGCUGAUGCUCUUGUGAGGGAUGAGAGAGAGAGGGUGGCGGGAGAAAUUCGGUUGCUGGAUCAGGAAUUGGAAAAGGCGAUGGGGUUGCUUGGGGAGAAGGAGAGGGAGGUGGAGGGGUUGGAGGAGAGAGUGAGGGAGCGAGAGGAGGAGGCGGAGAAGGUGGGGGUUAGGUUGCGGGAGAAGGAGGAGGAGGUGGGGAGGGUGGAGGGGACGUUGAGGGAGAGAGAGGAGGAGGUGGGGAGGUUGGAGGGGGAGGUGAAGGGAUUGGAGGAGAGAGUGAGGGAGUGGGAUGAGAGGGGGAGGGAGAAGGAGAGGGAGUUGGGGGAUGUGAGGAGGGAGGCAGAGGAGAGAGUGAGGGAGAUGGAGGAGAGAGUGGGGGAGAGUGAGAAGAGGGUGGGGGAGCUUGAAGCUAAGGUUUGCGAGCAGCAGGAGAAGACACGAGAAGCGGAGUCAGCAGUUGCUGUGCUUCAAACGGAAGUGGCAGAAGCGAGGGGCGAGAUUGAUCGACUGGUGUUGGAGAAGGAGGAGUUGGAGGGGAGGACGAAGGAGUUGGAAGGGAGGAUGAGGGAGUUGGAAGGGGCGAAAGAGGGUGCAGAGGAGGAAGUGGCUGGGUUGCGAGAGGUUGUGUGCGGUUUGGAGGAGAAGAAGCGGAAACUGGAGGGGGAAAGGCGAGAAUUGGAAGAGGAAAGGCAGAGACUUGAGGAGGAGAAGGGAGAUUUGCUAGAGGAAAAGGAACGUAUGAAGGAGGAGAUUCGGAGAGUGAGGGAGGAGGGUGAGGAGGAAGGGGAGAAGAGGAGGCGAGUGGAACAGCAGGUGGAAGAGUUGGAGCAGCGAAGGGUUGAGCUGGAGAGGGAUUUAGAGGAGGAAAGGGAAGGAAAGAGGAGGGUGGAGGAGGAAUUGCAGGGAGAGAUUGAUGGGCUGAGAAGGGCUGCGGAGGAGGGGGAGAGGAGAGAUGGGGAGAGAGUGAGUGAGUUAGAAGUCGCUGUAGAGAGGGAGAAGGCGAGUAGGAUUGAGGUGGAGGGAGAGAGGGAGGAGGAGAGGGUGAGGAGGGAGGAGGUGGAAGGGAGGUGGAGAGAGGAGGAGAGGAGGAGAGAGGAGGUUGAGGGGGAGUUGAGGGAGGUGAGUGUGAGGAGGAGGGAGGUGGAGGAGAGAGGGGAGGAGUUGGAGCGAGUGAGAAGGGAGUUGGAGAGGAGGUUGGAGGAGAUAGAGGGGGAGAAGGAGGAGGGGGAGAGGAGGAGGGAGGAAGGGGAGGAGAGGAGGAGGGAGUUAGAGGAGAGACUGGGAGAGAUGGAGGGGAGGGUGGAGGAGGCGAGGGCAGAGAGGAGGGAAAUGGAGGGGAGGUUGGAAGAGGAGGAGUGUCGGAGAAGGGAAUUGGAGGGACGGAUAGAGGGGCUUGGGAGGGAGAGGGAGGGGGAGGUGGAUUCUAGGGUAGGUGAACUGGAGAAAGAUAAGAGGGAUCUUGAGGUGAGGGCUAGACAGGCUGAGAGGGAGGUGAGGGAAUUGAGGGAGCAAUUGGAGGAGAGGGUGGAAGGGGAGGAGGAGAAGAGGAAGAGGGUUGAGAAGAGGUUGGAGGAGAGUGAGAGGGAGAGGGGGGAGUGGGAGGAGAGAGUGAGGGAGGCGAGGAGGGAGGUGGAGGAGGGGCGGAGGGAGAAGGAGGAGGUGUUGGGGAGGGUGAGAGCACUGGAGGUAGAAGUAAAGGCGGAGAGGGAGAGAGUUGGGGCAGUUGAGCUAGAGCUGAAAACAGCGAGGGAGAGAGUAAAGGCAGUUGAGUUAGAGUUGAAAGCAGAGAGGGAGAGAGUGAAGGACUCAGCAGAUAAGGGCAGGAGUGAGGGAAGGGAAGGAGCCACAGCAGUUACCACUGCAACAGCAGCCACUGAUACCAGCAGCAGCAACGGCGGUGGCACUGUCGCUGACGAAUCCGACCCUGCAGCCUCGGAGAGGCUUGCCAAAGCUGAGGCCCGGGCCCGGCGCGCCGAAGCUGCCGCCGAGGCUCUCCGGGAGCAGCUGGCGGAUCGGGAAGCGAUGGAGAAGAGCCGGAUCAGGAGAGAGGUUCGGGAGAAGGAGACAGCUGUUGCGAAGCUAAGGGGACAGGUGGCACAGGCAGAGGGGAAGUGGAGGAAAGCGGAGGCGAGGGCAAGAGAGGCGGAGGAAGAGGUGGAUAGGAUUCGCGAUGGGCUGAUGGGGCGAGCGGGGAGGGGAGGCGGUUCGGGAGGGGGAGAUGGGGGAGUGGGAGAAGGGGGAGGGGUAGAAGCGGGAGGUGGGGAGUGGGAGCAAUCGGAGGUGGCCCGGGUGUGGGUGAAGCUGAAGGAGGCUGAGGAGAGGGUGAAAGUGGCUGAGGGGAGAAUGGCGGAGGAGCAGGAAGCUGCUCGGAAGGCGCUGGAUGAGCUAGAGGAAGUUACGUGGAAGGUGAAGGGGGCGGAGGAGGAGGCGCGGAGGGAAAGGGAGAAGCGGGAGAAAAUGGCUGAGAGGCUUGCGAGUUUAGAAGAAGAGUUUGCUGGGAGCUCAGGAGGAGCGGGAGGAGCGGGAGGAGCAGGUGGGAAGAAUGCGGGAGGAGUUUCAGAUAACAGUUCAGGGGCGGGAGAAGGUGGGGCAGGAGAUUCGGGAGCAGCAGCAGCAGUGGCAGUGCCAGCUGGGUUUGUUCUCUUAGCGGAGUCUGCUAUAGAGGAGAUGCAGAGGAGGGAGGCGGAGCUGCUAAUGCAGGUGGAUCAGCAGCGGGUGAUGCUGGAAGGCAAGGGGCAGGAGGUUCGGAAGAAAGAGGCGGAGGUUCGGGCGAAGGCUCGGGAAGUGACUGCGAAGCAGGAGGAGCUGAACGCGCUCAAGGCUAAGAGCCAGGGGCUGCUAGCUAAGGAGCAGGAGAUUAAGCGUCUGACCGAUGAGCUUUUAGCUAAGAGCGAGGAGAUUCAGCGGCUGGAGAAGGAGGUGGAAGGAAAGGAGGAGGAGGCGAGGAGGAAGGCGAUGGAGCUAAUCAUGAAGUCAGCUGAGGCGAGGGCUAAGGAUGAGAUCAUCGAAGAGAAGGAAAAAGAGCUGCAGGAGUUGAGAGAGCAUCUGUACUCAGGGGGGGGUGCUUCUCCCAGAGGAGGAGGAGGGGGCGGUCGUAGCAUGAGGUAUGGGGGUCCUUCUCCUAGAAGAAGGGCGGAUGGCGAAGGGGAGGAGGGGAGGCAGGAGGGCGGGUUUGGGGAGGACGGGGAGGAGGAGGAUACGGUUGAGUCGCUGAGGGAAGAGAUUGCGCGGAUGGAUGGGGAGAUGGAGGAGUUGUAUCAGGCGUUGAUCGAGGCGAGGGAGGAGAAAGAGGCGACGGUUACCGAGUUACUCAAGCAGGUGGUAACCUUGAAUGAUAGGUUGGCUGCGGCGAAGCGGGAGAAGGACUCGGCGGUUGCCGAGGCUGAGAAGCAGCUUCGGGGCGCCGUGGCUGACGCGGAGGAGCGGGCGGAGAAGGCUCGGAAGGAGGCGGAAUCACUAGCUUUGCUGAUAGAGCAGACGGAAGGGGAUAAGGUGCAUGCGCGAGCGAGCGUGGAGAAAGCACAGGAGUAUCUGCGAGCGCUAGACACGGCUAGGGUGGAGGUGAAGAGGCUGAGAUUGGAGAGGGAUUUGCUGAAUGAUCGGGUGAAUACGCUGGAGGAGCAGGCGAGGGCGGCGGUGAAUACGGGAGGGGCGUUGGGGCGAUGGCUCAUGCCUAACUGCCUGCUGCAGCGGCCGGAGAAUACGAGUAGUGGCAUGGGUGAUGCUCCUGAUACUCCCGGCAGGAGACGGUGGUGUAUGUGGUUGGAUGAUGCGACACUUUCCCCCCACUUCUCUCCCCCUCCUCCCUCCCUCUCUCUCCCCCUUUCCUUCCCCUCCAUCCCACCGCGUGCACAGGAGACGGUGGUGUUUGUGGUGGAUGCGGGUCCAUCCGUCCCACAGAAAGUGUUUCAGGAGUGCCGGCUCUGGGUGGAGCAGCAGAUGGUGCAGAAGCUUCUCUUCAACCAUCGCGACGAUGUGGCAGUUGUUGCAUUUGGCUGCGAGGAGACAAACAACCCGUUAGAGGAAGUGGAAGGGUACGAGAACAUAGCCGUGGUGGUGCCUCACAGGGUGGUGGAUCCAUCCUCGUUACAAGCAGUGCACGCUAUGGAGCAAGCAGCAGACUCGAGCAUCAGGAGUGACUGGCUCAGUGCGCUUGUGGUGGCUCUGGAUUUGCUCAUCGUCGCCAGGGGCCCUCUGGGGCUGCUGACAAAGGGCGUGAAGCGCGUUGUGCUGCUGACAGGUGGCGGCACGCCAUUGGAGGAGGCCAGCGAAGGCUCCAACGAGGAGCAGGUGGCUCUUCUUUUCUUGUCCGUUCUCCUCCCAAAUAACAUUGGUAGCUGUGCUGGGAAGAUGCGCCAGUACCGCAUCACUCUGCUGUGCGGUUUGUUCCCUGCUCCAAUCGGUACGCCCAUUCACCAGUUCACUCACUAUGGUCAUCCAUUCUCCUCCCAGGUGGCAACGGUUGCAGCAAAAUUGCGCGAGUACAGCAUAAAUCUGCACGCUGUGCUGCUGAAAGGGAGGGUGGACGGCGAGGGGGCAGAGGCAGGAGCAGCGGAGGACGAUGGGGGGCUAGGGGAAGGAAGGGAAGGGGUCAGGGAGUUUGCUGAUGAGAACGAGAAGCUGCUGAGAAGGUUCUUUGAUGCGGGGGCUUGCAGGGACCACGGGGGUCGAAGGGACGAGCAGGAGAAAUUGAAGGAGGAAGAUGGGGGAGGGUACGGGAAACGGUGCAAACGGGAAGAGAAUGGGACAGGUGAUGCAAGGGCGGAGAGAGGAGGUGGGGCGGAUGAGGAGGAGGAGGAGGAAAAAGGUGUUGGGAGCGGUGGUGUGGUGUGUGGAGGGGAGCUGCGAGUGGUGGCGUCGCUGGCAGCAGCGGGCAUGCUGUAUCGGGUGAAGCCGCGAGUGCUGCCCACCACUUCAUACCGAGGGGACCUGCUAGUAGCUCCCGGGUUUACCAUCAAGGUCUGGUCAUACAAGAAGACCUUCCCCCAGCGCCUCCCUCCCCUGAAGCUCCUCUCCUGCCUCGCCCCUCCCUCUGAUCCCUCCGCCACUGGAGACGUGAAGAUGGAGAGAGAGUACCGAGUGGUGGAGAGCGGUGCAGAUGGGCACGGGGAGGGCGGAGGGGGCGGGGGGGAUGAAGGAGGGGAAGGGGAGGAAGGGGGUGGAGGAGAGAGAGGAGAGGGAGGAGGUGAGGAGCUGGAGACAGUUGGGUUGGAUGAGCUUGUGAGGGCGUACAAGUAUGGGCCGCAGGUCAUUCCAGUGAGUGAGUAUGAUCGCAUGGCAAACCGGUUUCACGCAGAAAAGGGGAUCCAGAUAAUCGGCUUCACAAUGCGAGACCAAAUCCCCAGGCACUAUUUCCUAAAGGACACGGCCAUUCUCCUCCCCGAGCCCACCAACACCAAGGCCGCUCUCGCCCUCUCAGCCCUCGCCCAGGCCAUGGAAGCUUCCGGGAAGGUGGCCAUCGUGCGGUUCAAGCUCACCAACCGGGCCGACUCGGGCGUUGCACUCGGCGUGCUGACGCCGUGGUGUAGCGGGAAGCGAGGGUUCACAGAAGAGGAGGAUGAUGCUGUGCCCAAUCUACUGCUAUUCAACACCAUCCCCUUCCGCGAGGACAUCCGGGUGUCCCUUACGUUGUGUGUCACCUCCUCCCCCCCGCAACAUCUAACCUCAUCCCUCCCCCCUCUCUCCCACCCUGUGUUCAUGUCGCAUGACCAGCCCGACCUGCUGCUAUUCAACACCAUCCCCUUCAGUGAGGACAUUCGGGAGUUCUCCUUCCCGUCCCUCGAGGCCGCGCCGCCCAAUCAACAGCCGACAGCUGUCCAGAGCAGCACAGCAGCAGCUCUGGUCCAGGCGAUGUCUCUAGUGCGGUGCAGUGAGGUGGAGGAGGAUGAUGAGGAGUACAAUAAGGAGGAGAGGGUGGGUGAGGAUGAGAAGCUGAGACCAGAAGACACACCCAGCCCGGCACUGCAGCAUUACUACGACUUCAUCCGAGCUCGAGUCCUCCAACCCAAGGCCUGCAUACCGCCACUCCCUGCCGCCCUCGCCGCCCCUCUCUCCCACCCGCUCUCUGCCGACCAUCCUGCCGCCCGGUCCUUCGCUGCUGCCUUCCCUGCCCUUGGGGAUCACACUGCGGUGAGUUGA